AUGGGGCCGCCGCCCGCGUCCCGGGUCGCCGGCCGCGGCUGUCCCCGACUGCUCGCCUGGGGGCUGCUGCUGGCCCUGAGUCCGCACGCGCACAGCUCCCGCGGGGCCGAGGCCGUGUGGACCGCGUACCUCAACGUGUCGUGGCGGGCGCCGAACACCGGCGUGAACCGCACCGUGUGGGAGCUGAGCGAGGAGGGCGUGUACGGACAGGACUCGCCCCUGGAGCCCGUGGCCGGGGUCCUGGUGCCGCCCGACGGCCCCGGGGCGCUCAACGCCUGCCACCCGCAGACGAAUUUCACGGUGCCCACGGUCCCGGGGGACUGGGGGGGCGUCGUGCAAGUCUCGUGGUUGGCCCUCAUCCAGCGCGGCGGGGGCUGCACCUUUGCGGACAAAAUCCACCUGGCUUACGAGAGAGGGGCGUCCGGAGCCGUCAUCUUUAACUUCCCGGGGACCCGCAAUGAGGUCAUUCCUAUGUCGCACCCGGGUGCAGGAGACAUUGUCGCAAUCAUGAUUGGCAAUCUGAAAGGCACAAAAAUUCUGCAGUCUAUUCAAAAAGGAAUACAAGUCACAAUGGUCAUUGAAGUAGGGAAAAAGCAUGGCCCUUGGGUGAAUCACUAUUCAAUUUUCUUCGUGUCUGUGUCUUUUUUCAUAAUUACGGCAGCAACAGUGGGCUAUUUUAUCUUUUAUUCUGCUCGAAGAUUAAGGAAUGCCAGAGCUCAAAACAGAAAACAGAGACAAUUAAAGGCAGAUGCUAAGAAGGCUAUUGGAAGACUUGAGUUGCGCACACUGAAACAAGGAGACAAGGAAAUAGGCCCUGAUGGAGAUAGUUGUGCUGUGUGUAUUGAACUGUAUAAACCAAAUGAUUUAGUGCGAAUCUUAACCUGCAACCAUAUUUUCCACAAGACAUGUGUUGACCCAUGGCUGUUAGAACACAGGACUUGCCCCAUGUGCAAAUGUGACAUACUCAAAGCUUUGGGAAUUGAGGCGGAUGUUGAAGAUGGAUCAGUGUCUUUACAAGUGCCUGUAUCCAAUGAAACAUCGAAUAGUGCCUCUCCUCAUGAAGAGGACAAUCGCAGUGAGACCGCAUCUUCUGGAUAUGCUUCGGUACAGGGAGCAGAUGAACCACCUCUGGAGGAACAUGUGCAGUCAGCAAAUGAAAAUCUACAGCUGGUGAACCAUGAAGCAAGUUCCGUGGCAGUGGAUGUUGUUCCACAUGUUGACAACCCAACCUUUGAAGAAGAUGAAACUCCUGACCAAGAGACCGUUGUUCGAGAAAUUAAGUCAUAAAAGCUGUGUCAAUGGGAAACUUGAAUCUUUAGUAAUAACCGAACUGCCAAUCAGGGCCUAGUUUACUAUUAAUGAGCUGGAUAAAUUUAAUAUGAUAAGAAUGAUACGGAGAGUGCUGAGAUGACUAAUAUUAUGCUAUAAUCAAAUGGCUUCAAAUAUUUAACCUAUUAACCUUUUCCCACAAGCUCACUAUAAUGUUUUUCCUAAGCUAGUUUCUUCUCAAUAGUGGCAGUUAAAAACAUUUUAAACAUUCAGAACUCUCUUCAAGUAGUCAUGGUUUUCAUUUAUAACAAUCUUAUAAAACUGUGUUGCAUUCAAAAUGUGAAGUAGCUGUAAUCACUUUAUUUUACAGUAGUAUCUUAAUUAAAAAUAACACUACUUUAGCUUGGGCUCUAUGCAUCAGGGUUUUUCUCCAGGUGCUUAUAUUGGUCUGGAAUUGUUAUGUAAAAAGCAAUGAAAACUUAGGCUAGUACUUCAUGAAAUGUCUAUUUAAGCUACAUUAAGUUGAUAAAACAAGAUUAGAGCAAAUACUCAUUUUAACCAUUUCAUGUUUAUAAAAUUAGGCUAAGUGUACUUCAUGUGAGUGUCAAGCAUAGUUUAUAAGAGAAUAUGGAUUAAGUUGAUUGGUAUAUUAAUGACACCAAUUUGACAACAGAUUAUAGACAAAAAAAGAUUUCUUGCAAAAAUGCUGUGUAUUUCUCAAACUUGUGGAAUAUUCAAAAGCACAGGAUUAACUAAAUUACCAUACUAUUUGAAAAUGGUGAUGUGAGGAAGCAAGUCACAAAAAUUGGUCAUUGGUUUUUAUGUAUGAAUUCAUCUACAGAACUUCAUCUGUAGAAAAUGUUUUUCCAAAUAAUGUUGACUUUGAAAAUUGAGUUUACAAGCUAUAUAAAUGGGCUAAAAUUAUAUUAGAUAAAUUGAAAUUCUGUCUAUGUAGCUAUAAAUUUUUUGAAUGCAUUUUCUUGGUGUUUGAAAAAAAAUUGAGGGGUGGUGGGAGAAUUCCAGGUGCCUUAAUAUAAAGUUUGAAGCUUCAUCCACCAAAGUUCAAUAGAGCUAUUUAAAAUUGCACAUUAUUUGUAUUUUGUGUGGCUUAUCUUUUAUUUUAAACUUUGUUUCCAGUAUAAAUUCCAACAUAAUUUAGGCAAAAGCAGAAUAGACAUGUAUUUUAUUUGUAGAAUGGAUGAAACCAUUACAUUCUUGUACGCUGAUUUGAAAUGCUGUAAAUAUAGUCCCAAUUUCUAUUGAUUCUCUUUAAAUAUAAAAUGUAAAUAAAAUAUUCCAAUAAAAA